CAGAUUCAGAUUGCGUUGUAAACCAUGUCCUAGCAGCCGACACUCAAGUUGGAUAGUGUGUUGUGUUGACAGUAUCUGGUUCAAAACGUAAUGAAAAAGCCACAAGAGGCCACGCCAGGUGAUGGCAUUCGCUCACUUAAGACCUCCAACGUAUUUCGAGUCGUCAACUUCGAGUUGUACGCCAAACCGAAUGCAGUUAUAAUGGGACUUGGUCUUGUUGCAAUGGCUGGGAGUUUAGCUUACAUUGCCUAUAUGAGACAUAAAUAUGAAGGAAUGGGAUACUACUCUGCCGUAUCAGAAACCGGGGAAGAACAGUUUUUGAAGAAGAAGUCUCGCUGGGACUGAUUGUUUUAUUUAUUUUGCUGAGUAUUAUUAUUAAGUAAAUUUAAUUGUGAUGAAAAUUCCUGCUUGUUUAUGUUAAUUAAUAUUUUCAACCUCAUACCUUAAUAAAUCUGAAAACAAAAAUCGA